AUGGCUGAUUUGUCAAAAUGGCUGUUUGGGUGAUGAAUCACUAACAAAUAUGGCAAGGAUGGAGGAGAAUUUGAGACGAAUAUCAUCACCACUAAUAAAAUUGAAGAGGAUAAGCGUGAAAAGGGUAGAAAUUAUGAAAAAAAUGUUGAAAUAGAAAGACAAUUUUAUGAAGAAGCAAAGCAUGAAACAACUCGUUUGGAUGAUAUCAGGGAGAAAGUUAUACAAAACUCAGAGUCAGCAGUCAUGGAUCAUAAUGAUCAUGUAAUUCCAUUCGAAGAAGCAGGACUUAACAUGAACGCUAUCCCAGAUUCAGAAAUAGAUAAAGCUACUUCUUUGAGCCUUAAAAUUAUUGAAGGGCCUAGUACUGACCAAAUAUUCCAAAUAAAUGCAUGUGGAAUAGUUGGAAUGCAAGGAAGAGGAAGAAAAGAUGGCUGUGUUCUUGUCGGGAGUCAAGAAUAUGCCGACAACAUAGAUGAGCCUUAUAACGACAUUGUCUUUGAACCAGGUGAAAACUCAGAGAUUGGAAAGCGACAUUUCUUAAUCAAAUACAUUCCUGACACCACAUCUUACUACCUCAGAGAUCUUGGUGACGGGAAUGGAACUUUUGUCAGGCUAGACAACCCUCUUGUAUUAAAAACCGGGUACAUAAUCUCAUUCGGAGAAUUUCAUAUGUUUAUCCAAAUUUUUGAAGGACAUAUAGAGAUCAGUAGUAGAACCGAGAGCACUUCUAGUGAGCAGAAGAGUCAGCAGAACUUUACAUUUAAGACUCCUGUAGCUACUGAGGAAGGAAAAGAUAACUUGUUGUUAAAGAUAGGCAGGAUGAACGACUGAGAUGUCAAAUUUCAUAGCAAAUGACUCUCCCGAUGCCAGUGAAUUAUAGAGUACAUAAACGAGAGUUGGAUCCUUAAGGAUGGAGAUGGAAGCAAGGCAAGCACUAAUGGAACCUGGCUUUUCGCUGAUGAGCUUUACCCCAUACAUGAUGGAAUGGUUUUUAAAGCAGGUCAAAUCUUAUUUGAAACUAGCUUUAUUUAA